GAGUAGUAUUACCUGAUCAAAAAAAAAAAGGAAAAAGAAGUAAAACAUACAUUUUUCAUGUAGAUGUUGUUGGAUCUAAGGUGUAUAUUUGUGUUUAUUUUAAAUUUCAUAACGAGUUUUAUACCAAGCAACAUUCAUCGCAUUCCCUUAACAUUGAAUGAGUAAAAUUUGCUUGCCAUGUGAACUCGAAACGAAGAAUAAGGUUACAUAACCAAAAAUUGAGCUAUUUCAAUUUAAUGUUUAAUUGAUGCCGAAAUACUACUGUGAUUAUUGCGAUACGCAUCUUACGCACGAUUCUCCCAGCGUCCGAAAAACUCACUGCACCGGCCGAAAACACAAGGACAACGUUAAAUUUUACUACCAAAAGUUGAUGGAAGAACAGGCCCAACAUUUAAUCGAUGCCACUACGGCAGCCUUCAAGGCCGGCAAAAUUGCACAGAAUCCGUUCGCUGUUGGGCCACCAAGGCCGAAUAUCGCAAUUCCCCCGCCAACGAUGGGAAUGCCACCAAGACCUGGAAUGAUUCCUGGUAUGCCAGCUGGAGCUCCACCCCUUAUAAUGGGUCACAUGGGAAUGCGUCCACCGAUGAUGAUGCCAAUGGGAAUGCCACCGAUGGGAAUGGGUAUGCGACCACCAAUGAUGAGCGGACCCCCUCCUCAAAUGAAUCCGAAGGCGUGAAAGCUCUGUGGAAAAAAUCUUCAACAUUUUGAAUUCAUUUGUACCGUAAAAUUUAAUUAAUUUAAUUUAAUACUUUAAUACAUUUAAAGGUAAUGUAAUUCAUUGCACUGUUAACUAUCGAGAAAUCUUUCAAAUAUGCUGUAACAGUUACAGGUCGAACAAUAGAAUAGGACCACAGCUCAAUCCAAAACAGAAAGUGACAAAACUUUGAGAAAAAAAUUUCCAUUUAAGUGCAUCAAACCAUUUACAAAUUGUAAAUUCCAUUCUUAGAAGAAAUUAAAA